AUGUGCCUACAUCUAGUGGUGUGGUGCCAGUCUGGACAUCCCAGUGUUCCCAGAAGAGGUGGCAGGUUCCUCCGGAGGCAGUCGGACAGCCGGCUGCCAGCACGGCUUGCUGCCUCUGCUCAGGGUGAAUUGUUAAAUCCUUGCCGCUGCGAUGGGUCAGUACGAUACACACAUCAGCUUUGCCUGUUAAAAUGGAUAAGUGAAAAAGGGUCAUGGACCUGUGAACUCUGCUGUUACAGAUACCACGUUAUAGCAAUUAAAAUGAAGAAGCCUUGCCAGUGGCAAAGCAUUACUAUAACACUGGUUGAGAAAGUGCAGAUGGUUGCUGUAAUCCUAGGAUCUCUGUUCUUAGUAGCAAGUGUGACUUGGCUUCUAUGGUCAGCCUUCAGCCCUUAUGCAGUAUGGCAAAGAAAGGACAUCCUUUUUCAAAUCUGCUAUGGAAUGUAUGGUUUUAUGGAUCUAGUAUGCAUAGGACUGAUAGUACAUGAAGGUGCAUCUGUCUAUCGAGUGUUUAAGCGCUGGAGGGCUGUGAAUCUACACUGGGAUGUGCUAAAUUAUGAUAAAGCCACAGAUAUAGAGGAGAGCAAUAGAGGAGAAUCCUCAGCAGGAAGGACAUUGUGGUUACCACUGACUGCAUUUAGAAACAGAAGUUUAGUUCAUCCAACACAGUUAACCUCACCGAGAUUUCAGUGUGGCUAUGUAUUGUUACAUCUGUUCAACCGCAUGAGACCUCAGGAAGAUUCAGCAGAAGAUAACGGCUCUGGGGAAGUAGUGAUGAGAGUGACCUCAGUGUAA